AUGCCAGACUUUAAAUACCCUGGUGUUAAUGUCCCUCUGAGGCAUGGCUUCAAUCGAGGCUGGAGACGUGGUUCGAACCCAAACUAUCCGGUCGGCUUUCCAGAGUACAGUAAAGAGGGAUGGGCCGACAUCCUCCCAAUCAGAGAAGUCGCUAUGAUGAUUCUCAUGGAUAGUCUGACGGACAAGCCAAACUGGCAUGAGAAAGUCUUCGAUGAGGACAUUGUUCAGAAGUGGCGGGACGAGGCUCGUCAGCAACCCGAGGAUGGCCUUUUUGCGAGGGUCAUGCAGGAUAAAGAAUCUCGCUAUAUCCCGAAGCCGAUUUCUAAAAUCAUUUCUGAGCAAACUUUUGACUUUUGCAUCGCCGAGUUACGUAACAAGGCCAAGUACUUUACUACGUCGGGUCUCAUCCCCACGUUUGAUUCAGCUGGCAAUUCUAUCGUCAAGUCGGACUCGUACAUCGAAAAGUCUCUUCACUACAAGUUGAUACAGGCUUUUGACGCUCUUCGUGCCGAUCAGGGGGACAGUGUGGAUUGGCACCCAAGAAGCAACGAUAUGGUACAAGACCUGGUUCAUCCAUCGAUGUAUCCCUUCGUUUAUGGCCGCUCCAAAUUCAUUCAAGAGGAAGUUGUCGGCGUGCAUGACGCCUUGGGUCAUGUUGGGAAAGGCGCAACUGUCCCUAAAGACGAACAGGCCGAAAGUGACCGCGUCUUUUGGUCCACCACAUAUCAAUGGCUCCCUUCUAACAUCUCUUUCGGUGACGAUGGCACCGUCAAGUUCACGAGCUAUGUCAACAACUUGAACCCAGAGAAAUUUCCCGAGAUCUACGAAACUCUCGAGUAUGUUAUUGAUAAGGCAAUUCCCGCUUGGGAUCAGUGUCUUCAUGAAUAUACCAAUUGGAAAGAGGGCCCUGUUGUCGGAAGAGUAGAUUCACGCUUCCACAAGAUUACUGAAGCUUCUGACUCGGAUGACAGCCUCUGGGCUCCAGUACUUGAUGUCGCAAAGUUCAAAGACAUCGAUGUCAACCUCACGCAUGAAGAACUUGCCCAACUCGAGGAUAUGGCAUGUUUUGAAAAAGGCAACACCCAGAUAGGCUGGAAAGCGCAGCACGAGAGGAUGCGCCAAGGUCUGCCUCCCCUAACCCCAAACGUCGAAGACCGUCACAUCGCGAGGGCCAAAUGGGAAAAGGUCAGGGAAGCCAAGCUCCCUGAACCACGACAGUUUGAAGAGAUCGACUACGCACCCAAGAAAAGCCUCCGCGAAAAGUUCAAAGAGAAUGGGCUGCAGGUUAUUGUCAAGAUGGCAAGUAUCGAACUGACGCCCGAAAAGCCCGAGUUUCCGGCCGGAGGAUGGCACCUUGAGGGCCAGAUGAACGAAAAGAUCUGCGCAACAGCGCUCUACUACCUCGACAGUGACAACGUCACUCCCAGUCAUCUAUCACUCCGCACGCAGACCGAUUCGUAUCUCAAUGAUCGGAUACACGCCAAACAAGAUGAGUACAACUGGCUUGAGAGAGUCUAUGGUACUGCCUUGCGCGGGUAUGGAUUCUCAACCUGUGUGCAGAACUUUGGAGAUGUCCAGACGAAGCAGGGACGCCUUCUAGCCUUUCCCAACGUUUUUCAACACCGCGUAUCUUCGUUCCGACUCAAAGACCCUACCAAGCCUGGCCACAGACGUUUCAUCGCGCUCUGGCUCAUCGACCCUCACCGGCGCAUCGUAUCCACCGCCAAUGUGCCCCCGCAGCAACAAGACUGGUGGACUAACAAGUCUGGGUCUGAGGAGUCCCAAAAAAUUAUUCCUGAGAGAUCGAUGAGUGUGCAAGAGGCAAGAGAGCAUCGACUCAAAUUAAUGGACCAGCGGACAAGGAAAAGUGAAGCCGAAAGCUGGGAGAAGUGGUACUAUAGCUUCUGCGAGCACUGA